GCGCUGUGGAGGCGGCGGCCAUCUUGGCGGCGGCGCGAUGAACGGGCCGAACCCGAAGGCUGUGGCCGCGGGAUCGGCGCCCGGGCCCCGGGGGCUGGUGGCUGGCAAGGAGGAGAAGAAGAAGGCGGGCGGCGGCGUCCUGAACCGGCUCAAGGGGCGGCGGCAGGCGCCCCACCUCGCGGCCGACGACGGCGUCGGGGCCGCCGUCACGGAGCAGGAGCUGCUGACCCUGGACACCAUCCGGCCCGAGCACGUCCUGCGCCUCAGCCGGGUCACCGAGAAUUAUUUAUGUAAACCCGAAGACAAUAUCUACAGUAUUGAUUUUACCCGCUUCAAAAUUCGAGAUUUGGAGACCGGGACAGUGCUUUUUGAGAUCGCCAAACCUUGUGCUUCAGACCAAGAGAGUGAGGAGGAGGAAGGCGGGGAGGUGGACGUCAGUGCUGGACGCUUUGUUCGCUAUCAGUUCACACCGGCAUUUCUCCGCCUCAGGACCGUUGGGGCCACGGUGGAGUUCACAGUGGGAGACCGGCCAGUGUCCAACUUCCGGAUGAUUGAACGACACUAUUUCCGGGAACACUUGCUGAAAAAUUUUGACUUUGAUUUUGGCUUCUGCAUCCCCAGCAGUAGGAACACUUGUGAACAUAUCUAUGAGUUUCCCCAGCUUUCUGAGGAUGUCAUUCGGCUGAUGAUCGAAAAUCCGUAUGAAACCCGUUCUGACAGCUUCUACUUUGUGGACAACAAGCUAAUAAUGCACAACAAGGCUGAUUACGCCUAUAAUGGAGGCCAGUAGUCGCGCGGGAGUGGACCGGGGCAGUGCUCUGCUGGGGCCCGUGGGCCUGGCACACAGAGGUGAUUGAGCGGCUGUUGGUCAAUACACAUGUGGAACCUGGCGCCAGGAAGCCAAGGCUGGGUGGCAGUUUCCUGUGUGCCAAGAGAGGUGCCAAGCCGUGCUGUGUUUUCUUCCCCAGUAUUUCUUCCUCCCUCUCCCCCGCCCCCGCCCCUUAGGUUGCAGAGGCACCUGUAGUGCCUGGAGUAAAAGAUUAGGAUUAGGCAUCCUGCAAUCCCGAUGGAAAAGGAAACUUGACUCUCACGUAGUUCUAGCUGCCUGUCGGCCGCCCUGCCGAGCCUGGCUCUCUCCAGGCGGAGUGGUGCCGCAGCCGUGCAGUGCCUCCGGGUGCCGAGGGUUGCAGCUAGGAAGGCCUCUCCCAGGCACCUCCCGCUCUCACUGCCAGCCUUGCCGCGGGCACGGCCUGCCCUCAGCCUGUGCAUCGCCUGAACCACCCGGAAGGGGACUUGACCGGGGCGCGGGGAGGAGCGGAGUGGGCCCGGGAGCUGAGUGCCUGGGGGGCAGGCUGCCAGAAGGAAAGAGGCAUUUUAGGGAGAGGCCGGCUGGUCAGUCUGACUUCUGCGACCCUCAGCCAGGCGUGGCUUUGGCCUGGCAGUGCCUUCCUGGUCUCGUCGUGGAGACACACGGGCUGGCUCUGCGGCUCCUGGCUUCGGGACACAGUGUGGGCUCCACCUCCCGCCCGGCCGGAGCCGGCCUGCCGGUGCUGGGCCCUGGAAUUCCUCAGGCUGUGUUAAGGGAGGGUCCGUCAGGUGGCAGCGGUGUUCCCAGUGUAAUGCGUGGCCAGACUUCCGAGAGUGGUGACGGGCGCCGGGGCUCCCCCGCCUCCCUGGGCCAGGGCGCUGCCGACGCGGGAUGGGGUUUCUGUGCCGGGCCGAGACCGGAGCCGAGGCUCUUUGUGGGCGUUUGCCUCUCCGAGUCCUUGUCGAUCGGGGAGUGCUCCUGUUUGCUUUCUGGCUGAAGUAGUUCCUGGCUCCAUCCCGGCAGGUGGGACCUACGGACUGAAACUCGGUUCCUUCGCAUGCUCCCUGUGGGCGGGUGGUUCGCAAAGGGGCGCAGUGGCUGAGGUGCCCUCAGAGCCGUGCUCUCCGGUGGGCUCCCCCACAUGCCCUGGGCCAUCCUGGGGAGCCCUGGGCGCCUCUGCGGCUGCAGCUCACUCAGGGCGGAUGGCCCAAGGCCUCAGCCCCUGGCCCAGGGCUGCUGCAGGUGGCGGCUGUGGCCAGGGUUUGGAAUUGCGCGAGAGGAUCAGAGGAGCCCCUGGGAGGUGGGCAGUGGUCUCUGGGAGGGUCCGAGUGAAGGAAAGAGCUGCCUGCAGAGGGCCUGAGGAGGGGGGGGAAAGAAGAGUCCCCGCUGCCUUCCCGACCUGUCCGCAUCCCUGAGUGCGAGAGCCCGUGAGAGGGGCCAGGCUGGGCCCGGGCUGGGCCCGCACUUAGCCCUGCGUGCUGCCGGGAUGGAGAUCGGCUCCCCCCACCCUUGGCCCCAGACCCUGCUGCCUUAAGUGUGGCUCUGUCCCUGCCUCCGGGGACAGAAACAGGCAGCACUGCCUCCUCUGCCUGUUUCUCCCGGGGCUGCCCUGACUUCUCUGUGUCGCGUCAGCUGGGCCAGAGUGAGUCUGCUGUUCAGUUCUGUGGUGUGGCCCUGUCGCUGGCCGGAGCUCCGCCCAGCAGUGUGCGGGGUUGUGUGUUGUGGGAGCGGGCACGUCCGUAGCCGGCGGGCCCCUCUGUUUGCAGGGCAGCUGGUGUUCUCUUUCCCCCUGCUCACGGUCUCCGUGGAAACCCGGUCGAGGCCGAGUGCGUGCUUGGUGCCCACAGGACAGAGUUGUCAUCUUCUGGGCCCAGAAGCCUGGCGGUCGGUAUGUGGGGCUCUGGGUCUCAUUUCUAGCAACUCAGGGACUCUUAAGAGGCAUUACCACUCUGGGAUGCUACCCAGGGGGUCUGAAACUCCCCGGGCUAUUGUGCCUGAAGUGGGGAGGGAAGUAGAAGUCAGAUUUCCGCCAAAAUAGCUGAACCAAUUGGAACAGAAUGAGGCUGCCUUGGCAUUAAGGAAGCAGGACCGUUGAGUGCCUCUCCCCGUGGGACGUGCACGGGAGGGACAGGCUGCCCAUGAGGAGCCCGUCCAUCUGCCAGAGCCAGCGGCUGUCAGGCAGCAGCUCCUGCACGGAGCCUAUUCCGAGAGUGGCAGGCCCGCCUAGUACCCCCGCCCUGCUCCUGCCCCUCUGCCUCGAGCCCGUCGAGAGUGUGCCCCUCUUCCUGUGACGCCUUCGGGCUCCCCUGCUCUCUGCUUUCCCAAAGAAGAGCCAGGCUGACUCCCGGCUGCUCUAGAGAGUAAACAGGAUAUACCUGACGUCGUUUCUGGUCCAAAGAGGCAGUACUUUCCCGUGUGCCAGCUCACCGGAAGCCGCCCAGGUGUGGGCCCUCUGGUUCCCAAGCCCGGGCAGUGAUUAGGGGACCUUGGGGUGACUCAUCGCCUAGUAAUUCUGGACAGUCUCUCAUUCUCCCAGGUCAGCUCAUUGCUGGGCUGGGUUGCACGAGCUGUGUCCGGAGUACAAUUGGGGGGAUUCCUGCCUAGUGUCCCCCAGCUACUGUGUUCUGUGUACAGCCACUUUCUCCUGGUGGCCGUUGUCACCAGGACGCCACUGAGGCUUGGGAUUUGGGACAGGCUUGGGAAGAAUGACAGCACAGACGCCAGGAAACGUGGAUGUGUGCUGCAGGGGUCGGAGCAUCAUCGUGUGACUCACCGUGUUCCGUGUUCUAGAACAUCCAGCCCUGGGAAGGAUCUGGUGGAGGGAGUCAUCCUUGCCUCACAAAGGAUUAUGUAAAGUCAUUGAACUUGUGAAAGUGUAUUUUUCCCCUGUAAAUCUAUUUUUCACAGAGUAUAAAAAAGUCAAUGACCUGAUCUAUCCUUUCUCUCUCCUCUUCACCUGAGAUUCUCAUUCCAGUUUGUAUUGUGUUUAUGUCCAAAGUUCAUAGGUGACAUAUUUGUAUAAAAUGUUAUUUUGCCACAAGAGACUAAUAAAAAUUUUCACAGUA